ACGGUAUUGGAACAAUUCUCCUCAUCUUCCCUAACGGUCUCUAGGCAUCAAUCGACUGCCAUAACCUCUCCUACAAAAAUUAAAAUGACAACAAUCCCCUUUUCUCUCUCCUCAACUCAUAUCAUACCACCAUUAUCAUCACUAAACAAACAUCCGCUUAAUCCCCUAACCUCAUUUCAAUUUCCCAUAACCCCAUUAAAACUCAACCCACUCUCAUCUAAACUAUGUUUAUGCAACUCAGAAACAUCCAUUACCACAUAUACAACAACAACAUCAUCAUCUUCAUCUUCAGAAUCAGAAAGCGAAGAAAAUGAUGAGAAUGGAGAAUCAAAAUCAUUUCUCUCAACCUCUAAUGGAGGAGGGUUAGCUCCUCCAGUGUUAAAGAAGAGGAAGAGGUACAGGAAAGAGUACCCAGGUGAGACUAGAGGGAUUACUGAAGAAAUGAGGUUUGUUGCUAUGAAGCUUCGGAAUAGUAAAGGGUCUUCUAAGUUUGGUGCCGAUUUUCGGGUGUCGGAUGAAGAGAAGUCUAAUGGUAAUGAUGGUUGGGAGCCUAGUAUGGAAGGGUUCCUCAAGUAUUUGGUUGAUAGCAAGCUUGUGUUUGAAACUAUCGAACGUGUCGUUGAGGAUUCGAACGACGUGUCAUAUGCAUACUUCAGGAGAACUGGAUUAGAAAGAUCGGGUAGUUUGGCUAGGGACCUAGAAUGGUUCAGCCAACAAGGUAUGGCGAUCCCAGAGCCUAGCAAUCCUGGAGUUUCUUAUGCUUCAUAUUUGCAGGAGCUUGCAGAAAAGAGUGCCCCAUUAUUUCUGUCUCAUUUCUACAAUGUUUACUUUUCACACAUAGCUGGUGGGCAAGUGAUAGCAAAACAGGUUGCUGAGAAGCUUCUUAAAGAAAGGCAAUUGGAGUUUUUUAAUUGGGAAGGAGAUGAGCAUGAGUUCCUUAAAGAAGUCAGAGAGAAGCUUAACAGGCUUGGUGAGAUAUAUAUUCUUGUUUUGCAGCAUUGGUCUCGUGAUGACAAAAACAAAUGCUUAAAAGAGUCGACUAAAUCAUUUAGGUACCUUGGACAGAUUGUACGUUUAAUCAUCAUCUUAUAAGUUGCAAUUCUGAAUUUUCCCCUUGUCUAGUUGACAUUAUCCUGCACUUUCGUGGGUUAUGUGAAAAUGAGUGGUUAAUUUGCUCCUGUUAAGCAGAUGAUUAGGUCUCCCAGUUCCAUGAUGCAACUGGCCCCAUCUGUAGUGCCUGUUCAGCAAAGUAUAUCUUCUGCCUAUUAACGAUAUUCUUGGAUGGAGAGUAAUGCAUCAAGGAGUAAUGAAGUCAAAUUUAAGAGAAUAUGCUUGGAUUGGGAGUAUGCAUCAGGAGAUAAUGAAGUCAAACUAACGAGAGCGAGGAAAUAUGAAGGGGGUUGCUACCCCUUUGAGGAUGGUGUGUUAUUGGAUAUAAAAUUCUCUAAUUCGUCAUCUUUACACAAUCUCUACAUCAGCCCAUCUACAACCACAUCGAUCUACCUUGGAUUCAUUUUAUUUUUUCUUUUAUUAUCCUUCUAUACAUUAUCCUCCACCCAAGCAUGCUCGAAGGAGGGACAUAACGUUGCUUAAGAAGCUCUUAGCAAAUUGCUGCUGAAACAUAGGUGGAAAAGGUCAGAUGAUAGAAAAAGAUCGUAGCCGUGGUAAAAGUUGCAGUGUUGUCAUGGGUGUUAUAACGUGCUCCACAAAUCACAACUAUCGUGGCAGGAACCGUUGAUUGAAUAUUAUCGACUUUAUCAUUGUAAUUUUGGGGUUUUGGAAGAUAUUAUUUAGAAACGGAUUAUUAAUUA